GCUUAGGUUUUUUUGAGUAUUGAAAAAAUUCUGUUUUAAUUGUUCUUCAAUUAUUUAUUCAUUAAGAAAAUCAGUUGUUUUGAAAGUGUCUUAAAUUAUCAGUUCAUGAAAAGCAACUUCCUGGUUCCACGAGUAAAAUUGGCACAAUGGUCAAAAGUGAUGUAAAAUUCCUUGUAAGGAUUAUCCCGAGCCCGACGAGAGACUGGGAUUGCAUCAAAAUUGAAAAAAAUAGAAAGACGAUACACAUAAAGAGUUCACAGACAUACUCAUUGCAUCCGAAUAGGGCUCUCUACUGGGAGUUCAACACCGACGGCAUAUUCACAGACUCUUGCCAAGAUGCCCUUUACACCAAAGUUAUGGAGAACACGUUGAACAAGGUUUUUAAAGGGGUGGACAUGGUAAUUAUAGCAUUUGGACAGUCUGAUACAGGUAAAACAUACACUAUGCUAGGACUGGAAGAUGGGUACAAUUACAGAGGGAUAGCACCGAGGAUCAUUAAAGAUACUUUUACCAUGUCAGAAAAAUAUGGGUUAGGAAUGGAAUUUUUUAUACAUCUAUCAUUUAUUGAAUUUGACCACAACAGAUGCUACGAUUUGCUUAAAUCACCACCUGAGCCAGUAGAGUCUUCGAAAGUGCAAGGAGUACAAAUCAAAUCUAUUAAAGAUGGCCUAGUUUUAUUAUUUGAAGGGAUGAAAAGAAGAAAAUUUGAAAAGAUGCAUACUCAUUGUGCACCUGGUGUAGUGACAGUUCAUAUAAAAGGGAUUCCCGUUUCCGGGUCUUCGACUUCGACUAUUUUUUCACAUAUACAUCUUGUUGACUUGCCAGGCACAGAAAAACAAUAUAUGCAUAUUAGAUCUGACUUUUGCCAGGCAGAUGCAAAUAUAACAAAACUCAGCAUCGACAAAGCGAAAACAUGGGACAGCAUACUUGCAAAGCAAAAUGGUGGUUGUCAAGUUAUGGGACGUUGCCCUGCUGUCUUUAAGACAUCAAAUCUAAUUCAGUUUUUAGGCCGAGCCUUGACUAAUGGUGUCUUGAGGUUAAUUGGUCAUAUUCGUGCAGACCACAAGGACAUGAAAAACACCCUUUGGACAUUAAAAUUUGGAGGAAGGCUUUCUAGAAAACAGCCUGGAGAGACGCUUUACACAUUCAGCCCAGAUUACAAAAGACUGACUCAACUUUUAGAAGAAGAGGUAAAACAACUAAGAAAUGAAAUAGUGGUUUCAGAACUUCUCAGGGGUGAAUACACCCAGCUGAACAUGUGCCAAGGAGAAAUGGAGCAUAUGCAAAGGCUUGUGAAAUCAUAUGUCGAUGGGAAAAUAUCGGAAGCAUGCUUGCUCUCAGCAGCCAAGCCCAAUGUCAUUUUGCAUGCCCUGAAAAGAAUCUAUGUAAAUGACCUCUCAGACUUAAAGCAAGCGUUCAAAUUUAAAUUGAAAACAGUGGCAGAAGAACUGGCUAAAGAGUUUGAAGAAAAACCAACAGCUGUCAAAAAGAAAACAGGGAAACAUACAAGCCCUGAAACAGGUGUCAAGGGAGAAAAAGAUUCAAGCAUUACACGUCACCAUAAGCAAUCAAAUAUAAACACAACAAAAGGUGGCAGUCCUGCACCUCCGAAUGCUUCCUCCAACACAACUUCACCCACGUCUACUGCGGCUCAAGCAGCAAAGACAGCAUCAACAGAAGGCUCAAGUCUCAUAGAAUUGUCUGAUGCAAAAAAAGCCGAAAUGGGAAAGUCAACAAAACCAAGGCGGCUAUCAAAAACAAUCAAAUCCAGCCAAGAACCUAUAUCAAUGGGAACUGAAGAUAUCGAAUCUGGAAGAAAGGCAAGGACAGACUUAUGGAAGGAAUGGUCAUGGAGGAACCAAGAGAAGACUGACAAAUUAAAUAACCUGAAGCUUGCAUUUGAAAGUUCAGCUAUUGAAAAAGAAAAAACAAUAAAUGAAGUAACCGAAAUGAGAAACCGCCUUCAAACCUUGAAAGUCCAGUUAGAAGAAGCAAGAUGGCAAAGGAUGAUUAAUUUUGGAGAACACCCUGGCAUCGAUGGAGCUAGGUUUGUGACCUCAACUGCCGAGCAGAAUCUCGAGGAUGAGAUAAAGGCGUUGAAGAAAAAUAUCUACGACCAAGUCGCCCACAUGGUCACUGAGCACAAGGAGCACGUUAGAAAGUUCAAUGAGUAUAAUACUGCUAAAAUGACAGUAGAAGCAGAUUUCCAACAAUAUGUCCAUGGAACACAAAUGCCCAUGGUUCUUUUCCCGCCGCUUGAAGACAUGGACGUAGUACCACAGAAUCCGACUGUCAUGACUUUCCAAGACAAGAAGGGCUUCAGGGAGUCAAAAAGUGAAAUUGAAUUUUCAAUCGUACAAGCCAAACAUCUAGUGCAGAAAAAAUUCAAGCCGAGAAAGAAAUGGGACAUGAAAUGAAUGCAUGGUAUAUGACAAUGGUGUCAAAAGCCUGCACAUGCCAACCUAAAUCAAUAAACCAUAAACAAAUUAAAAUAAAAUUUAAAUAAACACAUUA